AUGACAGAGACUGAAACUAAUGAUGAAACAUUUCUUGAUGGGCCAUUAGUUAACUUAAUCUGUUUUUCCCCCCAAAAAGAUUUUUCUUCUCCAAGAUCUAAAAGAGGAAGAGGAUUCCGGAAUUUAUACUCAACAGAAAGUGACAUUUCAUAUGAUGAUCGAGAGGGAUACAACAGAAAUUACAUGCCAUCAACCAGCUCCCUCGUUUUACCUCAAGAAUCUGUGAGUGAUACAAAUGACUUAAAAGCAACUCCAGAACCUUUAUCUGGCACUGUAGGACCCAUAACUGGAACUAUUGGCCCAAUAAUGCAAUUCAUAGCACCUAUUCCUGGAGGUACAGGACCUAUCAAACUCUCUCAAAAGACCAUCGUGCAAACUCCAGGACCUAUUGUACAAUAUACUGGACCCAGUGCUGAAACUUCAGAAAUGACCUCGGGAUCAGCUCCUCAUGCAGUCAAUGGACCAGCUCCACAAGCCCUCACUUGUCCACCUUCAAUGCUCAGGGGUCUGCCCCUGGCACCCAUAAUGAUUUCACAGAGAACCUCAACAAGACCUGAAAAAUCUAAAGUAAGGCAAGAACCACCAACACAUGUAGCAGUACCUAUCAUUACUCCAGUACCUAUUGUAAUUGGUCCAGUGGCAGCUGUGGACAGUUCUGGAAAAGUCACACUAUCUCCUAUGGUUAUAUUUCCAGGUUACAUGGAUGGAGAACUUAUAAAAAAAUCAGAUUCCAAAGCCCAGAUUCUAAAAAGUGGAAGCACUACAAAGUUUCAGAGUAGCCGAGAAAAAAACAAGGAAGAACUACAGAAGAAAAUCUCAUUUACAGAUUCUGAUGAAGUCGUGAUAGCAGAGCACAAAAAUGAAUCAAGCAGUUUCCAAGAUGUUGAGUUGCAGAAAGGUAAGAUAGAAAUGGGAGUCAAGGUAAAGGACAGUAAUGCUGAGAUAAGGAAAAGGCAAGAAUCCCAAGAAAAAGUGAGAGACAUGAAAAUGCCAAGAGAAGCAGCAGCCCAGGUAGAGAAGAGUGAGGUUGAAAUACCGCAAGGACAGGAAGCCAAAGCAGAGAAGAAUGAGGCCGAAACAACACAAGGACAGGACGCCCAAGCAGAGAAAAGUGAAGUCAAAAUUCCAAAAGGACAGGAAGCCCAAAAAGAGGAGAGUGAGGUCAAAAUACUACAAGGACAGGAAGCCCAAAUAAAGAAAAGUGAAGCUGAAAUACCACAAGGACAGGAUGCCCAAGUAGAAAAGAGUGAGGCCAAAGUACCACAAGGACAGGAAGCCCAAGUAGAGGAACAUAAAGUUGAAAUACCACAAGGACAGGAUGCCCAAGCAGAGAAAAGUGAAGCCAAAAUACCAAAAGGACAGGACGCCCAAGUAGAAAAGAGUGAGGCCAAAGUACCACAAGGACAGGAAGCCCAAGUAGAGGAAAGUAAAGCUGAAAUAUCACAAGGAAAGGACACCCACAUAGAGAAAAGUGAAGCCAAGAUACCAAAAGGACAGGAUGUCCAAGUGGAAAAGACUGAGGCCAAGGUACUACAAGGACAGGAAGCCCAAGCAGAGAAAAGUGAAGCCAAAAUACCAAAAGGACAGGAAGUCCAAGUAGAGAAAAGUAAAGCUGAAAUACCACAAGGACAGGACGCCCAAACAGAGGAAAGUGAAGCCAAGACACCAAAAGGACAGGGGCCCAAAGUGAAGAAGAGUGAGACCAGAAUACCAAUAGGGCAGGGGUCCCAAGUAAAGAAGAGAGAGACCAGAAUACUAAAAGGACAGGGGUCCCAAGUAAAGAAGAGUGAAACUAGAAUACCAAUAGGACAGGGGUCCCAAGUAAAGAAGACUGAGACCAGAAUAUCAAAUGGACAAACGGCCCAAGAAAAGGAGAGUUCAGAAGACAAAGAAAAGCAGGACAAUGAAAAGAGAGAUUCAGGGAAAGAUAAAGAAGAAAAUGAUGCCAAAAACAAGAAUGGUCAUGGAGAAAAGGACAAAGUUCUAGGAAAGAAUAACUUGACAAUCAAGGAUAAAAAAGUGGAAACCUCACAAAGGCGCAAAACCAAGUAAAGCUUCCUUUGCUUGUAAAGUACAACAAAAGGGAAGAGCAGUGGCAAAUAAAAGGCCCAUAAGACAACUGAUUAUUAUGACUUCUGUCCU